AUGAAUUUCUUAUUAAUUUGUGCGUUUAGUUUAAUAAUUUAUACACAGUGUAAUGUUAGAAUUGAUCCCCUAGUGCUUAUCGAUCAAGGUCUCGUGAGAGGCUUGAUUUCUAGCGACGGAAGCUAUUCAAGUUUUCUAGGAAUUCCUUAUGCGCAAGUGGACAUAAGCAAUCCUUUCGGGGACGCUCUGCCUCAUCCAGGAUUUGAUGAUGAAGUAUAUAAUGCCCACGAUGGUACUAAACAAUGUCCGCAAAGUAUAAAGACAUCAGAGCGAGCUCGAUACAGUCCUCAAUCGACUACAUCCGGCGAAGAAACGUUAGAUUGCUUGCGAUUAAAUAUCUACGUACCUACUAAUGCCAGUUCGCAGAAUCCUUUGCCUGUACUAGUUUGGAUACACGGAGGGAUCUACGCUGUAGGUAGUGCCGGGAUCUACGGCCCUGAGAAUUUAGUGAAACAGGGAAUUAUCGUCAUCACGGUAAAUUAUCGCUUGGGCCCGUAUGGGUUUAUGUGCCUUGACGUUCCUAAUAUCGCUGGUAACCAGGGUCUUAAAGAUCAACAUUUAGCUCUACGUUGGAUAAGAAAUCAUAUACGUGCGUUCGGAGGAAAUCCAUAUAAUGUAACAAUUGGAGGGCAAAGCGCGGGCGGAGCAUCCGCCUUAUUACAUAUGUAUUCUAAGAAGGAAAAGUUGUACAACAAAGUAAUAGCUCAAAGUGGUGUCCCGCAAAACCUACUAUCUUUUGUUGAAACAGACAUUAAUUCUGCGAUUAAAUUGGCUUCGCAUUUGGGAUACAAUGCUACGGAUACAGAAGAAGCUUUAGGUUUCCUCGCAAACGCAUCUCACGAAUCUGUGUCUAGGGCUGCUGCAAAUAUGGAAUUAAAAUUAAGACCCUGUAAAGAAAGAUCUUUUAGUGGUAUUGAAAGCUUUAUUGACACAGACCCAUACACACUCUCCAAUAAAGCGAAAGUAAAGGACACGCCUAUUUUAAUUGGACAAACCAGUAAGGAGAAUUUAGGCUCGCAAGCUAACAAUGGAGACGAUUAUUACAAAUCAGAUCCAUUUUAUGAUAACAUACAAGAAUAUUUCAAGAUGAACGAAGAAGACUUAUUAGAGGCGGCACAAACAGUGCGUCAUUUUUACAUUGGUGACCAACCUGUAUCUAGUGAUGUAGUUUCUCAACUAGAAUCUUUCACUUCAGAUUUUAUUUAUAAUCAUCCAGUGGAUAGAACUGUAAAUGAUUUAUUAAAAGAAAUGGCUUACCCGGUGUAUGAAUACGAGUUUCGGUAUGUCGGAGAUAGAGAUGUAGAAGGCGCACCACAUUGCGAAGAAUUGAAAUACCUAUUUCAGUUUUAUGAUGAAAUAGUUGAGACAAAUGAACAAAAUCAGCUUAUGAUUAAACGGAUCACAAAGUUGUGGUCUAACUUUGUAAAAUACGGGAACCCGACACCUGAUGAUGAUGAAUUAUUUCCGGUUAAAUGGACUCCAGUGUCAAAAGAAUCCAGACCAUAUAUGAUAAUAGAUUCAGAACUCAAAAUUGAACACAGAAUCAAUAAGGAAAGAAUGGCGUUUUGGAAUCUCUUUUAUAAAGCUUAUGGACAAUAUAAUAAAUUAAAACGAUGUAAUUAA